UAUAAUUCCUGUUUGCAUCCUUUAGCUAUACCAUGAUGUUAUGUAAUUCGAAGUUGAUGCUAACAGGUGGUACGUUUUGUAUUGUCCAUUUAUAUUAAAGAAAAAUUGUAAUUGAAAAAUUACUGAAUGACCUGCAUAUAUUGAUUAAUAUGUGAAGAAUGAUGAAAUUUAAGGACAUCUAUGAAUUUUUAUUUAAAAAAUAGAUAACCAGGAAGCUGAAAACAUGGAAAAAAAUGAUUUGUUCAUCAGUCAGGUGUCAAUUAAAUGCAUACCAUUGCAUGAACUUGGCAGCACUGUAGAGAAACGAAAUAAUUCAGUGCAUUUCAUAGUCAUAUGUUUUCUGUCGUGAAAGAGUUGCUGUCAAAUUUGGUGUUAUUCGUGAAUAUUCUAUGAAUGAAUAAAUACGAUUCAUCAUGAACAGUUGUCAUUUUAGCGACAACUUAUUAUCUUCAUAGUUCUGCAUUUUUAUUACUAACUUAUCGAGAGGAACGUAACCUGUUUUUUUAAAUCGCUAACAAUUGAUUCGUCAGCUUAUUCAGGUUAUUGUAAACCGUAAGAAUUUUAACAAGGAAUAGAUAAAACACAUUGCAAAAGUUAGUGAAUCAAAACCUAAAAUACCACGUGGUAAAUGUCAUUUUUUGCAUGGUAUUUCUGCACCACAUUUAACCUGCAAGUAUUACAGUAAAAACUGAGGAUCAAAAGAUUUCACUAAGGAAGUAGUGUGCUAAAGUAUUACAAAUACUUGCCAAUUAGUUAAACAUUCUGUAGUCAAUAUGAAUAGAACAACAAAUAGUGCGACGGCAAGACUUAAACAAGAUUAUUUGCGCCUUAAGAAAGACCCUGUGCCGUACGUUCUUGCAGAACCAGUACCAUCAAAUAUACUAGAAUGGUAUAUAUCGCAUUACGUAGUAAAAGGUCCAGAGAAAACCCCUUACGAAGGAGGAUUUUAUCACGGCAAACUUAUAUUUCCUGGAGAAUUUCCAUUCCAACCUCCUAGCAUUUACAUGACUACUCCGAAUGGCCGAUUUAAAGUUAACACAAGACUAUGUUUAUCCAUUUCUGAUUUUCAUCCUGACACAUGGAACCCAGCAUGGAGCGUAUCUACUAUUCUCACAGGACUACUUAGUUUCAUGAUAGAGAAAAGUCCCACCCUAGGAAGCAUUAACACAACAGAUUAUGAAAAGAAACAGUUAGCUGCGCAAAGUUUGGAGUAUAAUUUAAAGGAUAAGAUGUUCUGCGAACUCUUUCCAGAAACUGUUGAGGUUAUAAAAGCCGAAUUAGAACACCGAAAAGAAUUAGAAAAACAGGCGAGGCAUCAAUCGACAGCAUCUGAAGUUUCGUCCUUGAUACGUGACCAAUUACAAAGAGAACAAAGUCCUUUGCAUAGUGCACUUACUAAUCUCAUUGUCAUUAUAGGCUUUGCAGCAUUUGCUUAUACAGUUAAAUAUGUAUUAAGGAGCAUUGCUAUGGAAUAAGUUACAAGUGAAUACAUAGGAUUUGUCUCCAUUAUUUAGGUAAAAUAAGUAAAACGAAAGUUGUGAUAACAAUGCGUGCAGAUCUUGAGGAAAGGAAUGAGAAACUUGAUCGAAAGAUAGACUUCUAGAGUUCAAUAUACCUGGUCGUCUGUUUACUGAAUUUACGUCGUAUUACUGAAUCUCUUGAUUUCAAAUAUGCCAGUAUACUAUGGGUGUUCGAUAGAUUUUUAUAUCAAAGUUACUUGUAAAAUACAUGUUGUAUUAUACUUGAAAAUUUUAGACAUUAUAAUCGCGAGACAAGAGUAACUCGAGGGUUUAGCGUUAGAAACGAAAAAAUAUCAAUAAGUUUUUAUCCGUUUCCGAGAGUUUAAUGCUGUUGAUUAAUUCGAAUCGGUUUGAUUAACACCAUUGGCUUUGAAUCGAGUUCUGUUACGCGAAUUUCCAAAGCGUAGUUCGUCAGUGAACUAUAUUUAGUAAUUAUUUGGUAAAUUAUAAAAGGGAGAGAGGGAGAGAGUGAAAGAGGUAGUAUAAUAAAAGAAGAAAAAAAAAUCGUAGGGGCUUCCCACCAUUAUGAAUGAAUUACUGGGCACCAAAUAAUCUCGUUACAACUUUCGUACUGGAAUUUUGUCCUGAUGACAACAUCAAUGAAACAAAAAGUAAUUGCACAAAUGAAACAGUCGACGUUUGCCUCUGCGAUGUGCCAAUAAAACUAAAAGUCGGAGUUUCUAAUUGAAUCGGACUAAGCUUAAUAGAGCAUAGCUUGUAUCACAAAAUAAAGUAUGCCGAUCUUGUAAAUACGUGUAGUAGGCUAGUAAGAUACAUGUAAAAUCAAUGGACACGGAUUUAUCUUAUAAAACAGAAAAAGAAAAUGGAAAAAAAAAAUGAAAAUCAUUGUCAGUAUUCAUCAUUCAACUCAUCUAUGACCGCUGAAAAAACAAUCUUAGGAAAAUGUACUUAAAAUCUUAUUCUUCAGAAUAUAAAAUGUGUACAUAGUUUCAGUUGGUUUGAAAAAUAUUGAAUAUUUUGUUUCAGCUUCAAACUAUAAUUUUUAAAUAAUGAUAGUCUAAGAAGGACAUUUUUUUCCACUAGAACAGUUUAAAAGAAAUUGCAGCUUGAUUGUAUCUACAUUAACACGUUAUAUUAUAUUGUAAUAAUAUAUAACAAUAAUGCUGAUGACAACGGAAUCGAAAUAGAAUCAGUAAAUUGACAUUUAUAUCAU